UUUACUUGUCGAUUUGUCAGUUGAAUUUAAGAGUUAUAAUUUGACAGUAACAGUUGGUUGGAACUAAAAGUCUUAGAUGUGAUUUACUAAGGAAGGCAUAGAAGCAAAUUUAUAUUUAUUAACGUUAUUUUAAUAACAUGAUAAGUUAGUCAUCUUAUUAGUUGAACAAUUGUAUAUGUUUAUCUAAUACUUAACAAGUAGUAGUAGUUUACGCUUGGUCUGGACUUCGGCCUUAUAUUACAAAUAUCGGUAUUUAGUAAUUGCAGUUUAUAAUGUCAUCAAUAGAUUUUGAUCCAGCAAUCAAACUAUGUCUGAAAUAUUUACAUUCAAGCGCUUCUGAUUCAACUGAACAACUACGUCUUACUUUAGAUGAUACUAUACGGCAAAUAUACGGGAGCUCAAAAACUCUUGGUAAUGUUUUAUCUAAAAAAUAUCUAAAUGAGGAGAAAACAUCAUCGCCGUCACGGUCCAAACAUAAAAGCGAUAAGAGUUCCAGCUCGAAAACUAUACCGAUGCCACAACACAGUCCCCAGCAAAUACAAAUACCAGAAAGAGAAGGAGAUGUUGGUGAUAUGGAUGAUGGCGAGUUGGCAUUUGAUUUAUUACAAGAGGAUUUGACUUGUGUUGUGUGCAGGCAAAUUGCAGUGCAAGCGGGUAACCGCUUGGUUGAAUGUGAUGCUUGUCAUGCCCUCUAUCAUCAGGACUGCCACAAACCGGUAAUAAGUGAUAAUGAUAUGAGUUCUGGAUGGCAUUGUGCAUCAUGUCUUGCACAAGGGUUUGUAUACUCUAACAAAGUGGUUAAAUCUCCUACUCGAGUAUCUGAUUCAACUCCGGUUAAAAUAACAACCAGUGCAUCUGCAUCUUCGUCACCGUCUAAAGUAGUAACUCCUAACAUUAAUAUCAUCUCAGCAGAUAAAAGAAUACAAACAAUGAAGAAAAAAGCUGCCAAACAACAUGAGAAAAAGAAAAGUAAAUGACAUAGUCUUUCUCAAUGGUAAUUAUUAGGAAUGAUUGCUAUUGCUAUUUUACACUGACUUGUUCAUUGCUAUAUUUGUAAAGAACCUAGUUAUACAUGUGGCUAUUUUUAAUGUUUAAUACAUCUUAAUAAAUGUUUUACUUUAUAUUCUAGAAAAGUUAGUUUAAGUAUUCAGAUGUAAAAUAGAAAAAGGUAGGACAUAUAAAAAUAUAUAGGAUGAUACUGAUUUAUUAAUAAACUUAUUAUCUAAUGUAAAUGGUACAUAUUAUGAUAUUGUAUAGUAAACAUAUUGAUAUUAAUCUUAUGGAUGAGGAUUGCUUGGAUCUACCUAUGAAAUAUGAACUGUAUUUAGACUUACAUUUUAAACAUUUUUAACCACAUGUCA